CACCAGAACAGGCUAACUUCAACUCUCCCUGGUAUACAUGCAUUUACUCUAUCUUCGUUGACAUACUACAGAUAAAGAAAUAGAUAAUGGAACUGCAUGACCUAUGACAAGAAGAGUAUUGAUCCAAUUAUUGUACAGAGCACCUAACAAGAGAUCGCACGUUUUGUUAAUUUCAGCCUCUGCUUGAAUUGUUUCUACAAUGGCAGCAAAAUUCCCUGGACGACACUGCACACUGCAUCAACUUUCACUCAGAAACAUCAUGAAAAAGAAUUUUCUCCAUUUACUGGUUACAUUAGUGGUGACUAUGAUUGUUCUUCGAACACUCUUCCUUUCAGAAACUAAACAAGCUCAGACUGAAAACACUCCAGCAGAAAAGGUGGUUGUUCGUCAUGUUCUUCCAGUCAGUACUGAUUAUCCAUUUGAAAAGUGUGUUGAAAAUAACAGCGCUCAAAAUUUCACAGACUUUAAUGGGCAGCCACAGAACAUGAAAGAUUUUCUGACAUACCGCCACUGUAAAAGCUUUCCAUUGAUACGCGACUCCCCCAUGAAGUGUGCUGAUGGAAAUGGCUCCAAAGAUGUAUUCCUGUUUUUAGCCAUCAAAACAGCCCCAGCAAAUUAUGACCGUCGGGAAGCCAUAAGAAAAACAUGGGGAGAAGAAAAAAGUUAUUUGGGUGCCAAUGUGAAAAGAAUUUUUCUUAGUGGAGUUUCAAGGAACAAAAAGGAAUCAAAAAGGAUGUUGCAGCUGCUAGAAGCAGAGAGUCACACAUAUGGAGACAUCCUGCAGUGGGACUUCGAAGACACUUUCUACAACUUAACAUUGAAGCAGGUCCUUUUCCAUAAGUGGAUGGAUCUCAGGUGCCCAGGGACACAGUUCAUUUUUAAUGGUGACGACGACGUUUUUGUUAAUCCUUUAAAUGUUAUUACAUAUUUGAGAGGCUUAGAAUUUGAUGGAUUAAAAAAGCAUCUUUUUGUUGGAGCACUAAAUAUAGGAAUGCCACCUGUUCGUGAAAAAUAUAGCAAGUAUUAUGUCCCAGAAGAACUUUUUCCAGGUGAUUCUUUUGCACCCUACUGUGGAGGGGGAGGAAUCCUCAUGUCUGGUUUUACAGCUCAUGCUAUCUCCAGGAAAUCAACACACAUUCCCCUUUUUCCUAUUGAUGAUGCUUAUCUGGGAAUGUGCCUUAAGAAGGCUGGUCUGAGGCCACAUAACCAUGAAGGAAUGAGAACAUUUGGUAUCAAAAUGCCGAACGAAGUAGACUCUUUUGAUCUUUGUUAUUACCGUGACAUGCUUAUGGUCCAUCGCUUUAUACCCUAUGAAAUGUUAAUUAUGUGGAAAAGCUUAAAGUUUGCCAAGCCAAACUGCAAAACACAGAUAGUAAAUAUUUCUAAACCUUAAGGCCAAAAUUUUUUUUUUUUUAUUCAUGUAUAGCUUAUACCAUAUAUAUGUAUAAAAGUGAUUCUGGGUAGAAACAACACCAGGAAGCUGCGUUUGAGCUUAUGUAUUAAAAACUGUUACCUAUUUAGAAUAGAUUAAAACUGUACAAUGUUAAAGCUGGACUCCAGAAAUCUAUUUUUUUUUAACUUAUAUUGGGCCAGCAUGGUUAAAAUUAAUUACGGAUAUGUCACAGCUGGAGUGCCUCUGAGGAUUCUCAACUUCAAUAAUAGUCCUUGCUACAUACAGUAAGCGCUGUCCUGUUGCCGCCAUUUCUUGUCUAAUACACUAAAGCCAGAGAGUUAUUCCCUUGGCACCUCAACAUCACGGAAGAUGCUUUCUAAAUCUGCUCUUCUAUUCAUUGAAAGAAUACUAUUUCUGAAUGGAGGUGGUGCUGAGUAAGCAACUCUGUCUUCAGUGUACCUGACCAAAAAUCACUGCAUCAGCACCUGGAAUGGGACAGCACUUAUUGUAUGUGGCAAAAACUACAAUGCUGAAUUUGAGAAUCCCUGUCAGUCUUCUGGACGUGACCUAUCCAUAAUUACAUGUAACUAAGCUGGCCCAAUGAAAGUUUUUUCCUAGAGUUCAGCUUUAGGCUUCAUGAACAUGGGAUGUUGUUCAACCUCUCCUUAACGAUUUAACUUGACUGCUUGAAACUGGCAUCUAAAAACGGACGUUUAGCCGCAUUUACAUGCUGCGUUUGCGUCUAGAAGCGUUAAUUUGGUUAAAAUAAAAAAACGUCUGUAAACGAAACACUGAUAAAAAUGUCACCGCGUUUAGCGAUUGAAAUGCCUCUAAACGCAGCUUCUGAAUGCAUUUUUUGGGGUUCCAGAAAAAAACUCUAAAACUGAACUUCCUAGAAACGACCCUGUGUACAUGUACUGACAAGAUAACAGAGGAGAGUUCAGGAGCAGUUGAAAAAAAUGCCCAACUGCGCCUAAACAUCCGUUUACCAGCAGCAGUGUACAUGAGGCCUUAAAUGGUGUAGAUAGGCUAAAAAGACGUAUGGAGAAUGUAUUAACUCACACACACAGAGACCGAGAAGUCCCUCUUUUUGGUCUAAUGUUUAGACCCCUCUCAAAAUAAAUGCACUAUUUAACAAAAGUGUUAGACUACACUAACCUUCCAUCGGAUCUUUGCUAUUACCCAAAGCUAUAUAAUGGAAAAGUAGCAAUGAAAAGAAAAAUCACUUGCGAGUUUAACCAAUCAUUUUUGGCAUAUAAUUUCUUUAUUGCCUGCAUCAAAAAGGGUGUGUCCUUUAUCUACUUAUUUUAUGCUAGAAAUUAUCCUUUCUUAUCCCAGAACAUUGAGCAGCAUAAGACAUCACUGCAUGAAAAUUAAAACGACCAGUUCUUGUACAUUUAUCUAAAAUGAGACAAAA